ACGGAUCUGCGGCUGCCAGUUCACUUUUCAUUGAACACCUGAGAGUGCCAGCGACGUAAACCUCUGCGUUUCUGUCAAAAUAGCUGACGCUGCACAACAAGGGGAAAAGUAGUUUGCGCGAUUAUUUGUGCUGGUUUUUCUAAGUUUAUCUGUGCGAGAUGGAUUUGGUGUCUGGGUACAAGGGGGUUGUGGGCCUUGUUUUUGGCAAUGAGAAUUCAGCUUCGAAUGAAGAUAGCUAUGUUGAACGCUUGCUUGAUCGAAUAAGCAAUGGUGUCCUGGCUGAGGACAGGAGAAAUGCUCUGGUAGAGCUUCAGUCUAUUGUAGCUGAAGGUCAUGCUGCCCAGUUAGCUUUUGGAGCAAUGGGUUUUCCUAUAAUUAUGGGUGUUUUAAAGGAAGAAUCGGAUGAUGUUGAGAUGGUUCGAGGAGCUUUAGAAACUCUUGUGAGUGCUUUGACUCCUAUAAAUCACGCAAGAGGGCAGAAGAAUGAGGUUCAACCUGCUUUAAUGAACACUGAUCUGCUUUCCCGAGAAGCAGAAAGCAUAUCCCUUCUUUUAAGUUUGUUGUCAGAGGAGGAUUUCUAUGUGCGGUAUUACACUCUUCAAAUUUUGACGGCACUUCUUACAAACUCUCCAAAUAGGUUACAGGAAGCCAUUCUGGCCAUUCCUCGUGGUAUAACCCGGCUUAUGGAUAUGCUUAUGGAUCGCGAGGUGAUAAGGAACGAGGCCUUAUUGCUUCUUACUUACUUGACUCGUGAAGCUGAGGAAAUUCAAAAAAUUGUGGUCUUUGAAGGUGCAUUUGAGAAAAUUUUCAGUAUUAUCAGAGAGGAAGGAGGAUCCGAUGGUGGUGUUGUUGUGCAGGAUUGUCUUGAAUUGCUGAACAAUCUUCUUCGUAACACUGUAUCGAAUCAGAUACUGCUGAGGGAGACUAUUGGGUUUGACUCCUUAGUCUCAAUCCUGAAGCUACGAGGAAGUACUUACAAAUUCACCCAACAAAAGACAACUAAUUUACUCAGUGCCUUAGAAACCAUUAAUGUGUUAACAAAUGGAGGUUCAGAGGCUGACCCUGGAAGAGAUGCAAAUAGGCUGACUAAUAGAAUGGUCCUGGUUCAGAAAAAAGCGUUGGAUCAUCUUUUGCUUCUGGGCGUGGAAUCCCAAUGGGCUCCAGUGCCUGUGCGUUGCAUGGCAUUGCAUUGCAUUGGUGAUUUGAUUGCUGGACAUCCCAAGAAUCUUGAUGUCCUUGCAAGCAAAGUUCUUGGUGAAGAACAACAAGCAGAACCUGCGCUGAAUUCCAUUCUCCGAAUCAUUUUACGAACAUCUAGCCCUCAAGAGUUUGUUGCUGCUGACUAUGUUUUUAAAAGCUUUUGUGAGGGAAACAUUGAUGGCCAAACAAUGUUAGCAUCAACGUUAAUUCCUCAACCACAUUUAAUGACUCAUGCUCCAAUUGAGGAGGAUGUGAACAUGUCAUUUGGAAGCAUGCUGCUACGUGGUCUUACUUUGAGCGAAACUGAUGGUGACCUUGAGAGUUGUUGCAGAGCUGCUAGUGUUCUUUCUCAUAUUCUAAAGGACAAUAUCCAGGUCAAGGAAAGGGUUCUACGGAUUGAACUCGAGGAACCCACACCUUCCUUUGGAGCUCCAGAGCCUCUGAUGCAUCGAAUGAUGAAAUACUUGGCUCUUGCCUCUAUGAAGAAUAAAGAUGGAAGCUCAAGUACAACAUCAAACUUGUAUGUUCAGCCAAUUAUUUUGAAGUUGCUGGUCACUUGGCUGGCCGACUUUCCUAGUGGUGUGCAGUGCCUCCUUGAUUCACGACCCCAUUUAACAUAUUUACUUGAGUUGGUGUCAAAUCCAUCUGCAACUGUAUGCAUUAGGGGGCUUGUAGCAGCUCUCUUGGGAGAGUGUGUCCUUUAUAACAAGUCUAGUGACAAGGGAAAGGAUGCUUAUACUAUAGUCGAUGCUAUAAGUCAGAAAGUUGGGCUUACAUCAUAUUUUUUGAAGUUUGAUGAGAUGCAGAAAAGCUUUAUUUUCUCAUCUGCAAAGUCUUCCCAGUCCCAUAAACCAUUGACAAGAUCUGCUGCUGCUAGCAUGGAAGAGAUUGAGGAUGUUGAUGAGAAUGUUUAUGAUCAGAAGAACAAAGAUCACCCUAUUCUUUCUUCCAUUUUCAAUUCUCGUUUCAUAGACUUUGUUAAGAGGUUGGAGGCAGAUAUUAGAGAAAACAUUGUAGAUGUAUAUAGUCGUCCAAAGAGUGAGGUAGCAGUUGUGCCUGCAGAAUUGGAGCAGAAGAGUGGGGAAAAUGACAAGGAUUAUAUCCAGCGACUGAAAUCUUUCGUGGGGAAACAGUGCUCCGAGAUCCAGAAUCUUCUGGGCCGGAAUGCGUCUUUAGCUGAGGAUCUGGCGAAGACUGGUGGUAAUGGCUCUUCUCAACAUGAGCAAAGGGUAAGCAGUGGGUCAGAUAGAGUCCAGGUAGAGACACUUCGGAAGGAUCUUCAAGAAGCAUUGCAUAGGAUAGAGAUACUCAAGGUAGAGAAAGCUAAAAUUGAAUCUGAGGCAUCCAUGUACCAAACAUUAGCUGGGAAGAUGGAAGGUGAUCUCAAAAGCCUAUCUGAUGCAUACAACAGUCUUGAACAAGCCAACUUCCAUCUGGAAAAGGAGGUGAAAACACUUGCAAGUGGAGGGACUUCAACAUUUCCCGAUGUAGAGGCAAUGAAGGCAGAAGCAAGGGAAGAAGCGCAGAGGGAGAGUGAAGCGGAACUGAAUGAUUUGCUCGUGUGCCUGGGGCAAGAGCAAAGUAAGGUGGAAAAGCUGAGUGAAAGGUUGAUGGAGCUAGGGGAGGAUGUGGACAAACUGCUUGAAGAUGUUGGAGAUGAUAUGGGGGUACCAGGAGAUGGUGAUGAGGAGGAAGACUAAAGGGGUGGUUGAUUUGUUUGUUUGAAGUUGUUCCAUUGUUGUCUUCCCAUUUCUGUUCAAUUAUAGCUGGUGGUGCUGACUGUCCCGUUGUACAUCUCUUAGUGAAUUGUACAGUACUAGUAUUAUCAGCUGUGGACGUGUUUUGAACUUCUAAAUUAUCAAAGGUUGCUGCACAAGAACUGCAUUACUUAUCAGAAGUAAAAACAUUCAGAAGUAACAGUUGCCCGGAAAUAAAGCUUGAAAAAUACUCGGUUCUUUUGA